AUGCCUCAUUUACUUAUAAGUACUAAAAUUCGUCUUGAACCAGGGCCAACAGUUGUAGGCGAUGAAAACGUUGACCCAGAAAUCAUGGCUCAUCUAGGAGCAAAGCUCUUUCGGGAAAAGUGCAAUACUUAUGCCGAAUAUCGUACAGAUGAUUGUGCACGAAUCGUGCUUGACAAACUUGAAAAAAUCGGGUACCGCGUUAUUUCCAUGGCAGGCAUUGGUCAAACAUGUAUUUGGUUACUACACAAAGAAUAA